AUGCUAGAUGCUGAUCAGCCGUUCAAGCCAGAACAGGCGUAUGAAUACUUUAUUAAUCUGAGAAAAACUAAAAAGAAAGUGCAGAAGAUGAAAGUACACGAAAUAAAGAAGGACAUAUUAGCAAUGUGUGGUGACAAGAGGUUCGUUUGGGCGCGCAAUGCCACGGUCGCUUUUGCGCGAGGCAUUCAGCAGCGAUUGUCGAAACCGGGAUCUUACGCUUUGGCAGAUGGCAUGUUACGACUGUCGAACAUAAUUCUAGAAGACAUCUGCUCCCAUAUGCACACGAAACCGCCCUCGCGACGUUGCACUCACCCUAAGGCAAAGUUCAUGAUGGAAAUGGCUGACAAGAUUGCCGUUUGGAUUGAUGAAAUUCUAUGCGAGUCAGACGAUAGAAUGUUAAUGAUGGAUUUCGACGAAGACGAAGAUGUUUUAGGAGCCGACGAAGCAGGUGACGCGGGGUUUGCUGAUGAUUUCCUUAAUAUGAUGGGAGAUGGUGGAGUCGGUGGCGGUGGUCUUCUGCAAGGACGAGAAAUGCUCGAAGCAUUUAAUAUUUUAACUGAGUCUAUGUACUCAAAGGGAGACGUUCAUUUUUUAAAACACGGAAAGUUUAGUUUAACGUAUUCAGAAGGAGCAGAUGAGCUGAAACGAGCAACAGAUUUUAAUGCAACUGAAUUUAACACGACUUUGGCCAACCAAGUCAAACAAGAUCUGACGGAGACAGUUGCACCUAGCACACCUAAUAGUAUAAAACCUUUUAUGAAGGAUAUGGUUGAAAUUUGUUCCAACUAUCUGGCUCAACACGCUGAAUACAACAAGGACAAAGGUCCCGCUUUUAGGCUCCUUGUGAAGGCAAUGAAAUCAAAAUCUAGUCAACAACUGUACGUGAAGGGAAAAGCGAAAAGAACCUAUGGAAAAGCGGCUACAGAAUUGGAGGAUGCGAAAGGCUUGGAAAGCGAUCACGAUGAUCCAAAUUUGUCGCAAGAAAUUCAUUCUGCUCUUUCAAAACUAGUUGAAGGACAAACACCACCGGACUUAAAAGAUGACAUGAAAGAAACAUUGGACAUUUGUUCAAAGUACCUGUCUCAAUGUGCUAUAGAUGAAAUUGAACGAGGUCCAGCUUUUGAUCUCCUUAUAAAAGAAUUGGAGAAAAAUGGUGCAGAACCGUUUACUCCGGAAUUCCCUCCUCUACCUACACGAUUUGCUGCAGCUUAUACUUUAAAAUCUGCGCCUGGUUUGACUAGCGUAACUCCGGAUCCCGAAACUGCACCAACUUUCAUACCAGUUUUACAUAAAGCAGUCGACGCUGCGACUCCUAAAUCAUUAAAAAGGGACAUGGAAGAAAAAGCCAUGAAAGCUCUACUAGAAAUGAUGAAAAGUAAUCCAAAGAAUGAAGUAGCGAAAAGAGCGAAUUAUACUAUGACGUACGAUAUAGGAGCAAAAGAAAUGGAAACGGCACCCCUAAUUGUGCCUUUCAUGCCAGUAAAAGAUAUCGCUGACGAAGCCAAAGAGCAUUUAAACAAAGAUAUGGAAAAGAUAACUCCACCGAAUUUAAAACUUGCUAUGAAAGCAAUGGUACAAGAUGCAGGGAGAUUUUUAUCCCAAGGCAUUGCUUUACGCAGUGGAGUUGCUGGCGAACGAUAUCCUCUCAACUUUUUGGCAGCUGUUAAGAAAUCGCUCGGAACAAGGCUAUUGUUUAAAUAUAAAGCUUUCGGUCAAACUUAUUCGGAUGGGGCUGACGUAUUGCGAUAUGCUGGUCCAUUAGAAGAGGAUCCAAAAUGUGAAAAUCUUCAGCAAGAAAUUUUAUCAGAGAUGCGCAGAGGAGUUCCUAGUACCAUGGAAGACGCUUCAAAACACUUGGCUAAAGUUGGCACUGAAAAAGGUAAGGAUCACUUUGAGACUGCUGUUUUAAUACUAAGCAAGCACAUUAUUAACGCUCAUUUAAUUCAAGGUGACGCUCUGCAAUAUUUGGUGGAUUUAAUGAAGGGACAAGGCGAUGCACCUCUUGGGGUUAUGCAAGGUUAUGAACAAAGUUACAAUGAUGGAGCUAGACGAAUCGAGUUGAGUAAAAGCUUAACUGCAGAUAAGGUUGACAAAGGAAUUUAUGAAAUGCUUAAGGAGAAGUUAACUACAUUAGUUUCAUCUAAACCUAAACCAGAAUAUGCCAAAGUAAUGCCAGCUGAUUUUGAAAAACGCCGAGUGCUGGCGGAUCUAAUGGCUAGGAAAGGUGAUGAAAUAUUUGGCCAGGCGGGAAUUUACAAAAUAACAUAUACCGAAGCCGGUGAAGAAAUUAUGAAUGCUCCCGUUGGAGUGACAACAGCAAGCGAUGAAAAGUUCAAAGGCGAACUUUUGGAGAAAGUGAAAAAUGUUAUCCCGGAGAAGAAAUUGCAGGAUCUUCUAAAGGAUCCAACAAAGGAAGGCGCGGCAUAUUUGGCUGAUAUAAUUAAAGGACGAGGUGAGGCCAUGCAGGUCAUACACGAUGGAUUAAAAAAAGGAAACGGCAAAGAUUUCUUAACUGUUGGAAAAUUUGCAAAGAAUCACGAUCAAACUGCCGAUAUGCUUUCUAGUGCAGAUCAUUUUGGCGGUCAGCAUCCUUCGCCAAUUCUCGUUGACAAAGUUUCUGCUAAGAUGAAAGAGCUACCUGUAGAAUAUCCUGAUUCUGCCAAAAGAUUCGCUACAGAUACAUCGGAUAUAGCUACACAAUAUAUUUCUGGAGUUGCUACAAAUGAGUGCGGUUUGGAUGCAAAAGCUCUUGCGGCUAUGGAUGCGACUUCAGGUACUAUCCCCACGAGUGCUAUGAAAGUACAAGAUGCGCAAGCGUCUACAACAACGCCCACAACUUCUGAAGAGGGUAAGAGAGACGCAGCACAGGAGGCGGCGAGACGACAGUCUGAUGCUGAGGAGAAACGGAGGGCCGAGGCCGCGAGGCUGAGACGGCUAGAAGCCGCUAGGAGAAGGCAAUUGGGUCUCGAUGCUGGAGAGGACCCAGAACGCGAUCAAGCGCUGCAGAUUUUGCACAAUCAAUUGAAAGCAAAAGGUGGCGAAGUGCUCUACAAGCAACCACAUACUGAACUGUCACAUUCACAGGCAUCUGAAUGGUUAUCAUUGAAGCCACCCAUGAAAGUGGAUAAGGCUGUAAAGGAAUCGGCUGACACAUCACGACUUCACAAGAAGUUUGAAAGGAAGUUAAGCACACUCGUCAGCAAAAGUACUCCACCCGACAUGUAUGAUGCUAUGCAAGAUGUUGUCAUUGAAUCUUCCCGGAUUUUAUCGGAAUAUUUCGUUACAAAAAGUUAUAAAGCACUCGUUAGAGAAGCGCUGAUAUCUGAAAUGCAAAAGCGCGGUAACGAAAUACUAAUAGAAGUUGAUGGUGCCGCGGAAACGUAUUUCUUCGCUGCACAAAGGUUGAAGAAAGCCACGUCGCUAGAAAUAAGCGAACCAUGUACCCAAGUAGCAUAUUACUUGUGUAAAAAGCUCGAAGAGAUGAUUCGGUGCCGUUCCAUGGCUAGAAAAUUAACGUCAGCAAUGAAAGAUCAUAUAAAUGAAGCUUCCAAUUACUUAUCAGCGCACGUGACUAAACCAGAUGAACACAUAGAAGCGUAUGUUGCACUUUUGAAUGAAAUGGAAACGGCCGGAGAUAGUCUUUUAAUAGAAGGAAAAAUUCCUAAAUCUUAUAAAGAUUCUGCUGCUUAUUUGCGUCAAUUAACCUCGUUUACGGAUCAAAUCAAUCGGUCUGAUGCAACCCUACAGUCUACGACGGAAGGAAAGCUAAAGGCCUUAAUGACCAACGUAACUGCUAGUGGUUACAGUCAAAAUGUUAUUGAUGGAGUAAUAACAGAAUGUACAAGAUUGCUUGUAUCAUACAUUAUGCUACAAGGUGAGAAAACAGAGGCGUUGAAGGUAUUGAUACAACAAAUGGAUUUACACAGCGGAAACGUUCUCCUUCGACAUGGAACAAUUCGAAAAACUUAUGGGGAAGGAGCAGAUUUGCUGCGUCCGAAGAAUGCAGAUCAAUUAAGUGUACCCAGUGCUGACCCGGUGGUUGUCAGGAAGAUUCAAAUAAAACUGCGCAAUAUAAUGCACCGAUGCACUCCUGAUCAGUUUUCUACUUUAAUGGAGGAUGUAAUUGAAGACGCAACAAUGUAUUUAGCCGUUCAAUUCUUGGAACCACAGAUUAUCCAAGUGUGCAAAUGUAUGAAGAAUGUAUUCGUUCAAUGUGAAUUAUGGUGUGAUGAGAUUUUACGUCGUGUUGCACAUCCGUGCUGCACAUGCUCCAGGCAUAUAUCAACUCAGGCGUUGUCAGAUUUGGCACCUGGCCAGCAGAUACACGCAAGCCCUGGAUCGUCCCGAGCACAUGCCGCUGGUAUUGAUAUAAAGAUCACGCCCUGCCCGAGAAAAAUUAGUUCAAUCCUCGGGACGAAAAACAAAACUGCAAUAUGUCCGGCGGCGAAACCGACCGAAGAAUGCGAAAGAACGACCACGGCAUCCUAUCUUUUUUACACUCCCGCCAUAUCCCAUAAGAUCCCCACUCAGACGAACCCCGUGAAGCUAUCUACACCCACGUCUGAUUCUCUACAAACACCCUUGCGUCUUUCGCUAAGUCAUGCCACGAGGUCACCAUUAUCGUCCCCGUUGCGUUUCUUUAGCGAAAUGUAUCAAGAAAAUAACGCGGCAUUACGUGAAAAUUUUUCACCGGGCCAAGUCAGACAUGAGACGGAUGAAUCUUCUCCAUCCUUUUAUACUCCGCAAAGUGCUGAUUCACGGGAUAAAGAGACGCUUCCAUUUUUUUGGCAAUCCCCGACUACAAUGUUUGCUGAAGUGCAUUCACAAAAUGCCCCAUCCCUUAAUGUGCAGCCCCUUAGUGUAUUGAAAAAAACUGAAGUACCGAAAGCAUACAAUGCAAGAGCACCAAUCGUAACUACGGAUCGAAUGGCUGAUUGGCAUGCAAUGAUGGUCAGCCUCAUGUGGAACGUACAAGCGUGGCGAGAUUGGAUUCAAGAAAAUAUUGAUCGGGCUCUUGCUUACCAACAGAAGUCUCCUCUUCCAACAGGACAACCGGAAGAAAAUUGGAUAGGCUAUCAAAGAAGGGUGGCUACAGAAGCUUUGCAAUGGAGACAAUACAAUAAAUUCAGCCGUCUCCUGACUCUGCGAUUAGCUUUGCGAUAUAGAGAUAAACAGAUUGUAUCUCCUACAAGAAACACGGUCAAGACGAAUGUUUACAUGGAAUGUCAACAAGAAAUGCUAGAUAUCAUCGAUAUGUUUAAUAAGUGGACUCAUUGGCUGACGCUCGUAGUACGUAAUAUAUAUACAAAAAAAAUAUUUCAGAUUAAGGAGACAGAUUCAUUGCAACAACAGGCUAAUACGGACGUAUCAUUGUAUGAAUUACGGUGGAACAAUUUCAAGAAAAAAGUUCAAGAAUACGCGGAAGACUGGCAAAAAUACAAUACGCACUUGAAAGUUUGCUGGGAGCAAAAGCAUAAGAAGAUUAUAUCAGAAUGGUUGCCGGCGUGGAGCCAGCCGGGGCCGGUGUGGGUGGUGAGCGCGUGCGGCGCCGUGCCCAGCGGCGCGGUGGCGGCCGGCGUGUACGAGGGGGAGGUCAUUUGGGUGGCGCGCACGCCGCACAGAUGUAAUGUACUGCCUGCUGCUCUACACCCUUCGAAGCAUUGUUGUAUACUAUACGCAGAUGGCGCUGUACACCAUUACACGAAAUAUCAGGUAAUGUGUAACGCGGAAGUGACGUGGCUCGCGUGGCGCGCGGGCGAGGUGGGCGCGCGCGCGGUGCGCAUCGCGCCCGGCGUGCACGUGGGCCGCGUGCACUACCGCGGCUCACACCUGCUCGGCGCCGUGCACGCGCCGCUCUACCGCUGCCACGUUGUCAUAUACGGACGCCCGUUUGCGUUCAAUUGUUACGAACUGCUCGUGCUAAAGGAGAACCACUAGGCACUGAUGCACUGAUAGAUUCUAACAUCGUAUUCGUUUUACUUCGACUAAUAACUUCAUAACUAUUUAAUUUUAGGGAAUGGUUUUGGAGCGACGUUUUUUACGGAUGGUUUUAGUGAUCGCUGAUAGAAUUCUUGAUAUCUAUUAUAUAUAAUUCUUGAUAUAUAUUAUUAGAUUUUUUUUAAUAACGAUUUGGAAAUGGUGACUGGGACGGGGAAUACGUUACGAAAUUACGUAGGUAAUUGUAUAUUGUGCUGUGAAAGUUUGAAUUUGGCAACAGUUUUUUGAAAAAGUUUGGUUGGCUUGGAUUUGGAUAAAUUUGAGUAUUGAAUACUUGAGAAUUUUGUUUUGUAAGAAUUUUUUAUUGAAUACUUGCAUUUGGAAUACCUGAUGCUGAAUGUAGUUUUGACCUUUGCUUACACAUUAAAUAGUACAUUUCUCUGGAUUGAAAAUGACGAGUACGUUAGGACAACGACUAUUUCGGAAUUUAAAGUGUUUGUACAAUAAAAUUGUAGUGACUAGUUAUAUAUUAUUAUAACUUAUGUAUUAUUAUUUUAUGAUGCGUGGUCGAGUCUAGUGACUUUUGUGAUCCAUUUUAUUUUAUAUGCCUAGUAGUGUUAUUCGUUUGGAAUUGUGUUUGUGGUUUUGUUAUGUAAUGUUUAUUGAAAUAUAUUUGUUAACAGUUUAAUGUAUUUUUUUA